CACUUUCCAUCUUGAAUUUCUGCGAAGGACUGUUUAUAUUCUAAACAGCCAAUCAGAGGCUAAUGUAGAAGAUAUGUCGUUCUGAACUACUUUGCCCACCUGUUUAAGUUAAAUGGGAAAUGGCCUCGAACGAAACAUGUUCAGACUGUGUGUAACCGCACUCAACAGCUGAACAUGUUCACCUGAAGUAGUUCAGACUCCCGUGUAACCGCGCCCAUAGUCACCGGCCAUGCGUGACACUCCUCACUGCUGGUUCUGGUGGUGUUGCAGAUAGUCUCACCUCGCUGCGGUCAUGCUUCUAGCGCGGUGUCGCCUCUGAACUGACGCGCAGUCUUCUCGUCGUGCACAGGGUCGCUGGAAGAAGCCCGUUUGUCGGCGACGUGUUGGGGAGCAGCCUCGCGCGGGAAGAUACACGAGGCGCCAAGGCACUUGGAACGGACAGAGCUGGAGGAAGCCCUGAGACGCAGGGGACCGGACGGGUAUUCGUGUAUGGUCGUCCGAAUCAGAGAUGACUGCACCGCUCGUGUGGAUUGCAGCGUCCUGUGGACGCAAGGCUGCAGGCCGACAGAGCAACCUCUUCUUGAUGCAAGCGGAGGAGUCUUGCUGUGGAAUGGCGAUAUAUUCGCUGGGGAGCUGGCGAGGGGCGACGGCCGGUCGGACACGGAAGUGCUGUCGGCAGAGCUGUCGUCGGGCUCGUUCCUGGAGGUGAUGCCCGCCGUGAGGGGCCCGUACAGCGUGGCGUACUGGGACCCCCGGGCGGGGCGCCUGUGGUUCGGCCGGGACCGCCUGGGCCGCCACAGCCUGCUGCUGCUCCUGCGGGGCGAGGGGGCCCACCAGGUCCUCGGGGUCACCUCCGUGGCAUGCAGAGGGCUGCAGGGCGUCGUCGAGGUCCCGGCCGUCGGUCUCUUCUGCGCCGAGCUCUCCGGCGGGGGCCUCGACCGCCUGUGCCUCUACCCGUGGUCGGACGUGACGGAAGACGAGCUGGUGUCGUUCCGAGAGGAGUUUGCGGUGGGCUGCGCCGUGUCCCGGGACAGGCUGCCCUCGCCGGUGGGGCCGGCGGCGGCGAGCGAGCCGGCAGAGGGCGAGCUGCUAGCCGUCUCGCUGGCGAGCUCGGGGCUGGCUCCCGCCGAGGUCCUGGGGAGCCUGCUGCGGGACGGCCCGGCGGCGGCGAGGGCGGAGGAGCUGGCCGGGCUUCUGGGCGAGGCGGUGAGGGCGCGGGUGUCCCUGCAGCCGGGCGUGUGCCGGGCGUGCACCGGGGGGGCCUGCGGGCACGCCCGGACCGCGGUGCUGUUCUCUGGCGGCCUGGACUCGGCCGUGCUGGCGCGCCUGGCCCACGACCACGUGCCCCCCGGGGACCCCAUCGACCUCCUCAACGUGGCCUUCGAGAGGCCGAGGCGACCUGCCGGGCCGCAGGGCAUGAGGCGGAGGCGGGCGGGGGAGCCGGAGGCGGGCCCUGCCUUCGACGUCCCGGACAGGAGGACCGGCAGGGAGACGUUACGAGAGCUCAGGAAGAACUUCCCUCAGAGGCAGUGGAACUUUGUCGAGAUCAACGUCAGUCUCUCUGAGCUGAACGAGCAGCGGGAGAGGAGAAUCGGUCACCUGAUCCACCCGCGAGUCUCCGUGCUGGACGACAGCCUGGGGUGUGCCCUGUGGUUCGCCAGUCGCGGGGAAGGACUGCUGGAGCAGCCUGGCGGGGAACUUGCGAACUACACCUCUCCGGCCAGAGUCCUGCUGCUGGGCAUGGGGGCGGACGAGCAGCUCGGGGGCUACGCGAGGCACCGCACCACGCUGCGUCGCGGCGGCUGGCAGGGGCUGCUGGCGGAGCUGCGGCUGGAGCUGGCGCGGAUCUCCUCCCGCAACCUGGGCCGCGACGACCGCGUCGCCGCCGACCACGGCCGCCAGGCCCGGCUGCCGUACCUGGACGAGGGCGUGGUCUCCUUCCUGGCCGGCCUGCCCCCCUGGCACAGGUGUUGCCCGGUGGAGAUGCUACCAUCAGGAUAUGGCGAUAAGACACUGCUGCGAUUGACUGCGUUGAAACUGGGCUUGAGUAAUGCAGCAUUUCUGCCAAAGCGAGCUUUUCAGUUUGGGUCAAGAAUCGCUAACAGCAAGGAGAAAGCGACUGACGUGUCGCAUCGGCUGUGACGUUCGCAGGUAUUCAUUGGCUGAAGGCGUCUGACGUCAUGUAGAGGGUGAUAUGCAGCUGGAAGUUUCCCCGUCAACACAACAGUAUGCGGUGAUAAAAUAAACUCGUCAUUGUGAAAAAACUAAACAAGAAACAUAAAUUUUUUGCCCUAUUCCUUAAGGUACAUAGCCUAUAAUGGUUUAGUUUUUAAUACCUCAUUCACUAUAAUAUAUCAGGAAAAACUUAAUAUACACCACACACUGAUUUUAAGGUUUGUCAGGUGACUUGUUAAGAUGUUUAUUAUCAAAGGAUAUUGCUUUCCUGAUGACACUAGAAAGUUUAUGUAAGCAUGCAAAAUGUGCACUAAGGAUCAAAUAUCAAAAAGAUGUUUUCUAAUCGAUGAUGGAUAUACCAUUUGUACAGAAUUGUAAGUUUUUGGGUUCACAUUUGUACAAUGGUAAUCACUUUAGAAAAACUGUCUCAAAAAAUGCUCUUGGUUUUUAGUAUAUUUUUAAGGAAUAUACCUAUGUUUAGAAGAUCUUAGACAUGUUUGUAUUUAGGUUCAGGUGUAUGUAGGUAGUAUGUGUACGUGCAUGUACACAUAUACCUAUGUAUGCAAAUGUACAUAUAUAUGUAUAUAUGCGUGUUACUCUAUUUACUUUUCU